AUGUCAGCUGCCGUUGCUGCUGCCUCAGCAGCCGCCAAUUACCGUCGCAACUCCGCCACCACCACCACCGCAAAAAAGACCAACUACACUCCUAAUAAUUAUUACAUCUCGUUCUCACCAUCACCACCGUGUCACAAUCGCUACGAGAUUAAUAAACGUCAGGAUUGGAAUAAAUUUGUGCACUACUUGAAGAAUUAUCACCAUGGUCACGGUCAGCCUCCCAUGUCUGUGCGUCGGUGCAGUGGGUCCCAUGUGCUUGGGUUUCUCAAGUACCUGGACCAGUUCGGUGCAACCAAAGUUCAUAAGAUGAGCUGCGAGUAUUAUGGGCAAGCUUAUUCCUCGGUCGCAUGUUCUUGUCCGCUCAAGGAGGCAUGGAGUAGCCUCCAAAGCGUUGUCGGACGCCUCCGUGUCGCCUUUGAGGAGUAUGGGGGCUCACCGCUGACAAAUCCGUUUGGUUCAUCGGUGGUGUGGUUGUAUCUAGAGGAGGUUAAAGUUUCUCAGGCUAAAGCUCGGGGUCUAAGUUAUAAAUGCUGA